CUGUGAGGCCACCUGCACCUUGGAGCCCAUCCUGGGAGGGAAGGGACGGCGCAAAGCCCUUAAUUGGAGAUCGUGGCUUGGCAUCUGGGUGAGAAGAGAAAACAUGGAGAUAUACAACAUAACUAUCCAGCCCAGUGUCUCCAAUGGAGCCGCGGAAAGCCCAGCCCAUUGUGAUGACCACUGCAGGAAGGUUUUGGCCACACUCUACAGCAUAGUCUUGUUAGGAGGUACAGCUGGUACCAUCAUAAUGUCCCGUGUCUUGUUGCAGAGGAAUUCCCAGUCCAUCAUCACCAUCCUCAUCGCCAACAUCAUUGUGCUACAUUCCAUCCUGCUGGUCAGUCUUCCAUUCCGCCUCAGUUACUACUUUCUGUUGGAGUGGAAGUUUGGAUGGUUCACCUGCCGGGUCAUCAGUAGCAUAGUAUAUAUCCAUAUGUACUUCACUUUUGUUUUCUAUGUGACCAUCAUCGUCCUACGCUUACUCAUUUAUUUUAAAAAGCUCCCAUUGCAGGAAUUACAGAAGUUCCAUGCAAUAGCCUUGAGUGUUGCCAUCUGGCUGAUGGGAAUGCUCAUUUUCUCCCUGAUUUUUCUGUUCCAGUAUGGCACCCACACAGACCCCUCUCAGCAUCUCUGUUUUCAGUUCUACGAAGAACUCAGACACACAUCGGUGGUUGUCAUCAAUUACUGCAUGAUCAGCAUUAUCAUGGUGACGGUCUUGGUCCUCUCCGUGAUUCAGUUGGUUGUCAUCAUGCAGCUCACAAAAAGACUCCGGCCUGGCGUGUUUACACACCAAGAGUUCCGAGCUCAUAUCAAUAGUUUCUUUUUCCUGGUGGUGAUUGUUGUUUGUUUCCUGCCACAUCACGCCUUUAGGGUUUUCUUCAUUCAAGUUUAUUUCCAGAAUGAAACAUCUAAGUUACUUUUGUACAAUGAAGUCUGUGUGGCUUUAACGACUGUCUGCUGCCUGGACAUGUUGUGCUUCAUAGGUGGACUGGUCCAUUGA